CACGACGUCGUUAAUGUUCGCGUGUUCCGUAUUUCCAAUUUCCCGCUGUCCUCCUCGGUUCUCCUUCGCAGCUGGCGCUGAGGACGGAACCAGAGAGAAACCCCAACCAAAACACAGCAGACUGUAAACAUACAAUGUGUGGAGACGCAACGAACUGGGAUGAGAAUGCAUAUAGAGAGAGCAUAUUGAAGGAGCGAGAGAUCCAAACCCUAACCGUCUUUAGAACCGCAUGGGCUCCCUCUCCAAACCCUAGCCCUGACGCCGUCGUAGUCGCCUCUAGUGACGGAUCAAUCGCUUCUUACUCUAUUUCCUCUUGCAUCUCCAAGCUUCCAUUGGGUUUUAGCAAUGCGAAGGCUCAACAGGUUGAACCUACUGCCUUCCUUCAAGGGCAUGAUGGACCAGCAUAUGAUGUCAAAUUCUAUGGUGAAGCUGAUGAUGCUUUAUUAUUGAGCUGUGGGGAUGAUGGUCGAAUUCUGGGGUGGAGAUGGAGGGAAUUUACACAAUUAGAGGCACCUGUUUCUUUGAAAGGGAUUCACAUACGACCAGUAUUUGACUUGAUGAAUCCUCAGCAUAAAGGUCCUUGGGGUGCUCUUUCCCCAAUCCCUGAAAACAAUGCCAUUGCUGUGGAUACACAGGGAGGAUGCAUAUUCUCUGCUGUUGGUGAUUCUUGUGCAUAUUGUUGGGAUGUGGAGACAUCUAAGAUCAAAACGGUUUUUAAGGGACACUUGGACUACUUGCAUUGUAUAGUUGCCCGUAAUUCUACCAAUCAGAUCAUAACCGGUUCGGAAGAUGGAACUGUACGAAUUUGGGAUUGCAAAAGUGGGAAGUGCAUCCGAGUAAUCGAUUCAGAGAAAGAUAAGAAGUUCAAAGGAUCCUCAUUUGUUAGCUGUGUUGCUCUUGAUGCAAGUGAGAGCUGGUUGGCUUUUAGCAAUGGUCAGAAUUUAUCAGUUUGGAAUCUUCCGGCUUCUGAAUGUGUUACAAGGGCAUCUUUUCGUGCGUCCAUACAGGAUGUGAUAUUUGAUGACAACCAAAUUUUAACUGUUGGAGCUCAGCCUCUACUCAACCGUUUCGACAUAAAUGGGGCAAUUCUUUCACAAAUACCAUGUGCUCCUCAGUCAUCGUUUUCCGUCUCUAUACACUCAUCUGGAGUGAUUGCUGUUGGAGGAUAUGGAGGUCUUGUAGAUGUCAUUUCACAGUUCGGAAGCCACUACUGCACUUUUCGCUGCAAAUGUGUUAGUUAUGAGCACAAAGGUAACGUUGGAAAGAGAAGAGGCAUAGUUAAUUGCGGAUCUAUUUCUUAUCGUCUUCAUAAUGGUCUGAUGAAUGAAGAGCUUUUUGAACCUCUUGUGGGCCUUGCGGUGUCGUUAAGGCCUGAAAAAACAGAUGUUAAAAAUUGCCCUCCACGUCCAGUCAAAAUUGUUCUGUUUGUGGGUAGUGGCGUAGUUGUCGUUGAAAUGGGUGUGAGUAUAUGCUUCAUGGCCGGACUUGCACCAGAAGGAUCCCAAUUUGAUGCGAAGCACUAUGAUGCCAAAAUGAAUGAAUUACUCACAACUGAAGGAGAGGAUUUUUUCACAUCAUAUGAUGAAGUUUAUGAUAGUUUUGAUUCUAUGGGUUUGCAAGAGAAUCUCCUAAGGGGCAUUUAUGCAUACGGGUUUGAAAAGCCAUCUGCAAUUCAGCAGAGAGGAAUUGUUCCCUUCUGCAAUGGACUUGAUGUGAUUCAACAGGCUCAAUCUGGAACAGGGAAAACUGCAACUUUCUGUUCUGGUAUUCUCCAACAACUAGAUUAUGGUUUGGUGGAAUGCCAAGCCUUGGUCCUGGCACCCACUCGGGAGCUUGCACAACAGAUUGAGAAGGUUAUGCGAGCACUUGGAGAUUAUCUUGGUGUCAAGGUGCAUGCUUGUGUUGGUGGAACCGUUGUUCGUGAGUCUCAACGCAUCCUGUCAAGUGGAGUGCAUGUAGUUGUUGGCACUCCUGGUCGUGUAUUUGAUAUGCUGCAAAGACAGUCACUUCGUCCUGAUUGUAUCAAGAUGUUUGUGUUGGACGAGGCUGAUGAAAUGCUUUCACGCGGUUUCAAGGAUCAGAUCUAUGAUAUUUUCCAGCUUCUGCCAUCAAAAAUUCAAGUUGGUGUAUUUUCAGCCACAAUGCCACCUGAGGCACUAGAGAUCACAAGAAAGUUUAUGAACAAACCUGUUAGAAUUCUUGUGAAGCGUGAUGAGCUCACCUUGGAGGGUAUAAAACAGUUUCAUGUCAAUGUGGAGAAGGAGGAAUGGAAGCUUGAGACACUAUGUGAUCUUUAUGAAACCUUAGCCAUUACCCAAAGCGUUAUUUUUGUGAACACUAGACGCAAGGUUGAUUGGCUGACAGACAAGAUGCGGAGUCGAGACCACACAGUUUCUGCCACGCAUGGUGACAUGGACCAGAACACAAGAGACAUUAUCAUGCGUGAAUUUCGAUCUGGAUCAUCUCGUGUUCUAAUCACCACUGAUCUUUUGGCUCGUGGCAUUGAUGUCCAACAAGUCUCCCUUGUUAUAAAUUAUGAUCUCCCUACACAACCAGAGAAUUAUCUCCAUCGAAUUGGCCGUGGUGGACGGUUUGGAAGGAAAGGUGUUGCAAUCAAUUUUGUGACUAGAGAUGAUGAAAGGAUGCUGUUUGACAUCCAGAGGUUCUAUAAUGUGGUGAUUGAGGAGCUGCCAUCAAAUGUUGCCGAUCUCCUCUAGUGAGAUUUUGUCUUUCAUUAUGAUGAAUUCCUGGAAUUUGUUGUGUUUUCUAGUCUUGCUUUACAGGUGUAGUAUCUUCUUUUAGAAAAAUUUGACUGCGUGAUAUUUAAUUCUUAUGAUGGUUUUUAUGCUUUAGCUUCUUACUUA